UGCGCAGUCACCUUGCUCAACAUAGUCUGGGAAGCUGUGUGCACCGCGAUCAUCAGACUCUAUUUGGGAAGAUUUAUUUUUGUAAACUGUGCAUUUUCAAGAGGAGAAUACUUACAUAAGGUCUGACUGAGUUGUCGCUAUGAGUUUCUUUGGUUUUGGUCAGAGUGCGGACAUCGACAUAGUUCUGAAUGACGCCGAAACCAGAAAGAAAGCUGAGCACAAGACCGAAGACGGCAGGAAGGACAAAUAUUUUCUCUUUUACGACGGCGAAACUGUGUCCGGCAAAGUCAACGUGAACCUCAAAUACCCGGGCAAAAGACUGGAACACAAUGGCAUCAAGAUAGAGUUUGUCGGGCAGAUUGAGCUGUACUACGACAGAGGAAACCAUCAUGAGUUUGUGUCUCUUGUGAAAGACUUGGCUCGUCCUGGAGAGCUCACCCAGUCUCAGUCUUUUGAGUUUGAGUUCACACAUGUGGAGAAGCCCUAUGAGUCCUACACUGGACAGAAUGUGAAACUACGGUAUUUUCUGAGGGCGACCGUGAGCCGGAGACUCAAUGACAUUAGCAAAGAACUGGACAUUGUCGUUCACACACUCAGCACUUAUCCUGAACUCAAUUCCUCUAUCAAGAUGGAAGUAGGAAUCGAAGACUGCUUGCAUAUAGAGUUUGAGUACAACAAAUCCAAGUAUCACUUAAAAGAUGUGAUAGUAGGAAAGAUUUAUUUUCUGCUGGUUAGAAUUAAGAUUAAGCACAUGGAAAUAGACAUCAUUAAACGGGAAACUACUGGCACGGGUCCAAAUGUCUACCACGAGAACGACACUAUCGCCAAAUAUGAAAUAAUGGACGGAGCACCUGUCAGAGGAGAGUCCAUCCCCAUCAGAUUGUUCCUGGCAGGGUACGAGCUGACUCCCACCAUGAGGGACAUAAACAAGAAAUUCUCUGUGCGCUACUACCUCAACCUGGUCCUUAUAGAUGAGGAGGAGAGGCGCUACUUUAAACAACAGGAGAUUACUCUGUGGAGAAAAGGGGACAUUGUCAGAAAGAGCAUGUCCCAUCAAGCAGCAAUCGCCUCCCAGAGAUUUGAAGGAUCGUCCAAUCCAGAGAAGUCUCCCACACAAGACAGUGAAGAGAACAGCUAAACACCGCUCCAUCCACCCGUGUGUGUCUGUGUCUGUGUGUUAGCAUGUGUGUAUGAGUGACUGACUGCCUACUGAAUGUAAGGAUGUGUGCAUGUUGGAAAUGCAGCAGAAUUUGAGGUGAAACACACUGUCUAUGUGUGUCAGGGAACAAAAUAUAUUAUCCCACUGAGUUUGUCAGACUGAUCUCAACAGGCACAAUUACAGUAACUUUUAUGUAGGCCUGUCACGGUAACUGUGAUUAUAUAUUGCUUUGGAAACUAUAGAUAUAGAUAUAGAUAUAUAUAUAGAUUAUAUUGAAACUAUCCUAUCCUAUGCCACUGACACAAUAACCCUAAAGCAGGAUUAAAUAAUAUUGAAAAACAUGGGCUGCAAUAAAUAAAUGAGGCACUCUAGUAGUUAUAUCUAUAAUGAGUCAGAGAAGCUAUAUAUAUAUUCAACUCUCUAUAACUAAGUCUUAUUGUAGUACUGAAAAAAAAAGAAAAAAAAAGUCCCAUGAGUACAAAGAAAAGGUUCCCAUAGUAUUAUCAUGACAGGCCUACAGUCAUGUUUCAGAAUUUCUUCCAGAGGUCAUUACAUUAAACUAACUACUUUUUUAAUGUCAUAAUGCAAUUAUGUAAUGAUUAAAUAGUUUAGGGUCCAUUUUUACAUGUUAUUUUGACUCAAGUGUAGCUCUGUGCAUUAACUGUAUCAGAUACAGUUUGCCUUAGGGUGAAAUGGAUCAUAGAUUACUUAAAAUUCACUGCCAUGCACUUGCUAACAAACAUGUCUUUCUAGUUUCACAGCUUUGAAUUCUUUAAAGGUGCACUGUAACUUUUAUGGAAGAGUGCCCGCCACCUGCUUGAUUCCAUGUAAAUGUUAAUGUGUUUCCUGAAAUGUUCUACAGUAUGGCAUUUAAUUUAAUUUUCAUUGAGACAAGCAGGCUGCAUCGCCAAAGGAGUUACAUGUCCCUAGUGGGCCCUAGUUUUGAGAAAUAAAAACUCCGAUAAUUGAAUAAAUGCAGGAUAUAUUUGUUCAGUGCCAUAUUGUGGAAUAUCCCAAGCAAAGCAAUAACAUCUCCAUGGAGAAGAGCAGAUGGGGAACCCUCCACCAGAAAAGUUACAUAGUGCACCAGUGCAAGCAAAAGGACAAAAAUAUUUUUCAUACAUUCCAGUGCGUUUUCCAAGUACUAGCUUUUAACAGAAUCCACUUAAACAGCUGUGGUGCGUUGGAUAGUAGACGUUAGAGGAUAAUGGAUUUCUUAACACAGGAGGCUGCUGCUGUUGCUGCUGCUGCUGCUGCUGCUAAAAAGAAAGUGGCACUUGUGAAUGCUGUGAGAUUCGUGAUAGCUUCCAAGCACACUUAUUUGCACUAUACUCCAUUUUAGCCCUCCUCUACCUGCUCUGUGCAACACCUAUGACAAAUCUGUCCUGUACUUACAGUAUUACAUAUACUUUAUGUAACUUAAGCCCACACAUGCUGAUCAAUGGACUGCUGGUUGCACUUCCACUGACUGUAGUAGGAUCAGUAGCAUUGUGCCUAAAAGGGUUUCUUGCCAAAAUAUUCAGUGCUAUAAACAGACGUCGCCAGUUUAGCCUUUAGCUCUAAUCUUAGCUUGUGAGCCUUUUAGAACUGUUAAAAAAAGUAACUUCUCCAUGGUAACACUUAAUAACUACAUCUUAAUUUGCAUUAAUAAAGCAUGAAUAAAGACUUGAUUCAUAAGGAAAACCUCUUAAUUAAGUAGUUACUAAGACUAAAUCAUUCUUAAAGGGCCCAUAUUACGCAAUUUUCUGAUUUAUGUUGUUUCAUUGUCAAAAACAUAGCCAGAGUUGUGUUUAGGUUCAUUCACACAUGUUAAAUACACAAACCCUGAAUAUUCAGGCAGAGUUCUUCUCUCAAACUGUAAACACUGUUCCACACUGUGAUCGUCAUGUGGUAAUAAAGGAAGUGCUCCACUGUGUUUGUCUGAAGUCUGAAGACCUUCACUAGAACCAUUUGGAUCAUUUUAGACCAGGGAUUGCCAAUCUCUACUGAAUAAAAGGUAAAAAAGUUGCUGUUAUCUUGAAAACUGCAGCUUCAUGACAUCACGAGGUGGAACAGAGCAUUUUGAGCUUUGAAGCUUUGUGUAGGCAGCCUAAUAAUAAAGGAUUACCUAAACGUGUGAAUGAAACAAAACACAGCUCUGGGUAUGUUUUUGAGGAGGUAACAGCACGACAUAGCGCUCACAAGAAUUAAUUUUGUGUAAUAUUGGACGUUCCGUAUGUAUUUUUUCAUUUUAAUUAAGGUGUAGUUAUUGUAAAGUGAUACCGAAUGUACUGUAUAACUGAAGCAGCAACUUCAGACAACAUAUAAACACCACUGCUUUCUCUCUUCUCACUUAAAUAAUUUCAAAAUUUUGAAUGCACUUAAAACUUACCCCACCUUUCUGGCUUGAUUUUAAAGCACCCAUUGCCUAAGUUUGCGACCCUUUUGUGGAAAGGCUUAUGAUGUGCGAAAGUAAAAAAGUAAAUCACUGUGUAAGACAUUUUGUAUUUUAUAAUUUUGCUAUUUCUUCAUUUGGGUAACUGCUGUUUCGAUGACUGCAAGUCUCUUUAACACACCAGCUCUGUGACCAUUUAGAAAAACUGUUUUACUUUCAGUUGAUCCAGAAAAGAGAAUUGAAUUUGGAAACCUCCCUCCAUCAAGUCGACAAGUUCAUUUGCAGUAACAUUAACAUACAAGAUUGCUUCCUUAUUUUAGCAGUUAAUGCACUAAUACAAUCCCAUUAAUGAAAUCCACAAAAUGUUCUCUGCUCCUUUACGUGGCUAUGCUGUUCAUUUUGUCAAUAGUGGUACAGAUAUAGUAGCUAAACUAAUUGACUUUGUAUUAAAACAUCUAACAGAUUUUAUGUGUACAGUAAAUGCACAAUGUAAAUUCAAGCCUUUUGUUUGUGUCCAUGUUUAUUAUCUCUAUAAAUGUUGAAUCAUUUUAUAUUCUGUUUUAUUUUGAAUUAAAAGGGAGUUAACCAGUGAGCUACACCGCCUACUCUGUUUCUGUUAUUGGUAUCUGAAUGAAAAACUAAAAAUUAAAGAGUUUUUCUGGUCA